CAAACAUUUAAAAGGUGAGAGAGCGUCGCUCGAUUUUGGCUCAAACGCAACAAGAAAUUAUCCUAGAAUCCGCCUCUUCUAGUUCCCACCGAUUCAAACAAGUACAGUUACCAUCAUCAUGCCCAAGGUUCUACUGACUGGAGGUAGUGGCUUCAUUGCUGCUCACAUUAUCGACAACCUCUUGGAGCGAGGCUUUGAUACUGUGGUCACGGUGCGGUCGGAUGAGAAAGGCCAGAAGAUUCUUGCUGCUCACCCCCACACGCCGAGAAAACAACUCUCUUAUGUCAUUGUCGAAGAUGUUGCAGCAGAUGGUGCAUUUGACGAAGCCGUUAGAUCCGAUCCGCCUUUUGACUAUGUUCUACACACCGCAUCGCCAUUUCACUUCAAUAUCUCAGACCCAGUGAAAGACUUUUUAGAGCCAGCUGUGAAGGGUACUACCGGCAUAUUGAAAGCAAUUAAAGCGCAUGCUCCAACCGUCCAACGCAGUGUGGUCACAUCAUCAUUCGCUGCAAUUGUCAACCCCAAAGCGCAUGUGAAGGUGUACAGUGAGGAGAAUUGGAACCCUGUGACAUGGGAGGAGGCCAUGGAUCCUGCUCAAACAUAUAGAGCAAGCAAGACGUUUGCUGAGAAGGCUGCUUGGGAAUUUGUGGAGAAGGAAAAGCCGAAUUUUGAUAUUGCUACCAUCAACCCGCCCCUCGUUUUCGGCCCUGUUGUUCCCUAUCUGAACUCAUUGGACGCCAUAAACACUUCUAAUCAAAGGCUUGCCAACCUUGUUCAAGGAAAAUUCAAGGACGGUCUCCCUCCCACAGGUACCUUUCUGUGGGUAGACGUUCACGAUGUCGCGUUAGCUCAUGUUAGAGCUAUUGAGGUCGCCGAGGCCGGUGGGCAGAGAUUCUUCACCACUGCUGGUUAUUUUACCAACAAGGAACUCUUGGACGCGGUGCGAGAGUCUUUCCCUGAAAUUGAGGACAAGCUACCAUCAAAGGAUACGUCUAGCGACUUACCUGAUGAUGUGUAUGGCUACAAUAACAAGAAAUCCAUCGACAUUCUGGGUAUUCAGUAUCGGUCUCUGAAGCAAACGGUUGUUGAUACGGUCAAAUCAAUCCUAAGUGUUUCUGCAUGACCAUACAUAUGAUGCUCCUCAUUCUGUUGGUGUCAAUGAAUCAGCAUGAUGUCCAAUUCGAAAUAGGACAUACUCUCUUACUUGCAAUCGACGAGAUAGGAUUCCAGAAUCGAAGGUCAUGUAAUAGAGGGCAUGAUUACAGGCAUGAACAAAAAUCCUUAGGGCAACAACAGAAUUAAACGUACAGACGCCUCGAGUGCCC